CUGGGUGAGCGAAAUUAUGGGCCGGCAAUUGAUAUAUGGGGCGCGGGCUGCAUUAUGGCCGAAUUAUGGACGCGCACUCCUAUUUUGCAGGGCUCCACUGAACAGAAGCAGCUAUCACUCAUCUCAAACUUAUGUGGGAGUAUUAAUCCUGAAACGUGGCGCGGUGUUGAGAAGCUGCCUUUGUACGGCAAAAUAGAGCUAAAGCAAAACCUGAGACGACGUGUCGUAGAGCGUCUAGAACCUUACGUCAAGGACCGUGAUGCGCUGAACCUGGUUGAUAGCCUUCUGGCUUUGAACCCGAAGACACGCCUCAGCGCCGAACAGGCCCUUGACCAUGCAUUCUUUUUCACAGAACCCCGUCCUGCUCCUGAUGUCAAGGACCUGAUGAGUACGAUUCCGGCAAGUUUAUUUGAGUACAAUGUCGGACGAGAUAAUCAGCGCGGACGAGAAGUACAACAUCAGGAGAACCAGUCUUCGAUGGGGCCCCAAUGCCAAUACUUUGACAGAAUUUUUUGA